UUUAACUUUCAAGUUUUGACUUUUGGUAUUUAUUUAAAUAUUACAUAGUACCUACCAACCUUAUUUUAAUAAAUGCUGGAACAAUUUAAUUAACCCUCGCAAUGUUUACAAUAAUUAUAAGUAGAAAAGUGCGAGAAAGUCCUUAGGACCAAAGAGUAAUUUAAUUUUAAUAGUAAGGAACUUUGCAGUUCAAUAUUUAGUCUACCUACUUUUCGCGUACUUUUUUGUAAAUAUUUUUACUUUAUUAAUUAAUUGUUUGCUAUUCUUGAGUAAAAAUGGAAGUGUCUAAUGAAAUAAAGGAAGAUAUUCGUAAAACGCAAUCGGACUUAAAAAAUGCGAUACGUAUUCAUCAGAUAUGGGUUGCACGUUUACAAGAAAAUGAAAAUAAUAUUCAUGUUAAAAAUAAAGUUAUUGAAGCUGAAAAAGAUAUUAUUUCUAUAAGUCACUCUCAGAAAUUGGUAGUUGACAGACUUCGCCGAGAAUUAGAAUUAUACCAACAGCGUCUGAGGUUAAGAAACAGGCAGAUCAAUGUUGAAAAUGAUAAUAGAUAUGUUGCGCAACAAUUAAGAGAUCAUCAACUACAAUAUUGUAAUAGAAACCGUACAGCCUCCCUAUUGAAGCCCUCAGUACUUAAUGAGAUUCAGAUUAAAACUGAAAAUAUUAGCAACGAAACAAAUAAUGUUUCUGAUUCAGAUAACGAAAACAAAUACAACGAAAAGGAGAAUUCACAUAACAGUGAGAGAGAUGACAGGGAUAAAUAUCAAAGGAAUUUUGCACAGUUGCCAAAUAUUGUUCAUGAUAGUAGAAACAAUUUUGCCAAUGCACUGAAUAAAGUUAAGGAGUCCUUUAUUGGCAGCAAGAUCCAUGAUGUCGAAUGGCAAGAAGCCCGAUCAGACUCGGAGUCAUCACACGACAUAUCACCAACUCCUUCACCGCCUCCAUUGCCUGAGCCAGGUGAACCAAUUACCAAAGAAAUUUUCCUGAGGCUUAUUGGUCUAAUUACGCACACACAGAAAGAUAUAUUGGAGAGAAAGAGAAAUGAACGCCGGAAACGAUCAACGACUACAAAUAAGAAUGACUUCGUCUACGGCAACUAUGAAAUGCUACCGAAACGCAAAAAAUACAAUCAAUUUCCCUAUUUGCAAAGUCACAGCGAUCCACCGCAAACGCGCUCGGCGAAAUUGCGAAAACAACAGAGUCAAAACAACAAGUCAUCGCGCGAAGGCUCUCCGUCUGGAUCAUCAUCCGAGAAUAAAGCAGGUUGGAGCAAUGCAAAGCCUGCCUGGGUCACUUCUUUGCCAGCCGGGCUAUCCGUAGAGCCGGUUUAUACGCCCACUAAAAAAGUUUGCCACGGAUGUGGCAGAAAUGACGUUCCCUCUUUGCUGGUGUGGUGUGUGUCGUGCUCCGUGUGGCAGCACACAGGCUGCGGGGUGGAUGGACGCUGUGCUGGCUGCAGUGGCCCCCUUCCAGACCCCGCUGCAUGCGCAAGCGCACCCACACACAACCUUGACUUGUAUAGAGAUAAACUAGCGGAAAGAAAACGCCUGCAAGAGAGAAACAUCGAAUUAUGCGUAGAGUUGCGUAAACUGGAAGCGCGGGCGGCUACCUUAAAGGAUAAUUUAGACGAGCACAAUGCUGAGAAGCGACAAUUAUUAGCGGACCAAAUAAAAACGCAAAGAAACCUCCAGAAACUAUUAGAUUUCAUAAGCCAAUUCAAAGAAACGUCCAUUAGUGUCAGAUCAACCUCAGCCAGCGACUCUGGCAGUGAAGUUAGUAAAAGCAACGAAGAAUAAAACGAUACACGUAGUGGUAAAUGUUGGAUAUAAUAUUAAAUUGUUAUGCUGUUUUGUGGUAGAUGAUAAAUGGAAAUAGUAGGAACUUUUAUACGUACUUAAUUAUAGUUUAUUUUAAUAAGAAAAUGAAAAAAAAAACAUAUCACAAUAAUAAUU